AUGAUGACCAUGGUGUUUACAGUGGAUGAAAUUAACCGUAACUCAAGCCUGUUACCAGGUGUUAAACUAGGCUACCGGAUUAUGGACAGCUGUGACCAUAUUCACAGCAGCCUGCAAGGUCUUUUAUCAUUAAUCAGUCACUCUAAAGCUGUCAACACUGAGACAGAAAAACAGCAGAAAUUAGGCAGUGUUACUGAAAAUGAAGAAUUAAAAAAUGUAGAACCAACAACAAAACAAAGAAUAAUGACCACACUGAAAAACCGAAGUGCUACAAGUAACACUGCAAUGCCUAACACUUCUAAAGAUUUUUUAAAUGACAUAAAAGAAAAUGCAACAGAAGAGAACACAAGACAGUCUUCCACAUGUCUGUAUUAUUCUCCUGUACCUGCUGUGAUUGGUCUUGCAUCUUCUUCCCCUACAAGAGCUGUAGCUCAGACACUUGGCCCAUUCAAGAUACCACUGGAUGACUACAGUCUCUAUGGCAUCCAAGCAUUUUCUACUCAGUUUAUAGAACAAGGUGGAUGUGUGGCAUUUCAUCUCACUAUCCCACCAUCACCCACAGUAGCUGAGAUACAAGAAAUGGCAGACAAACUGCAGAGUUCAACUGCUCGUGUUGUGGUCUUCGCUACAGAAGGGCAACUCUUAAAUCUGUUCUUGGAACUAACUCAGAGGAAUGUGACAGGGAUACAGUGGAUAGCCAGUGAAGCCUGGGUGACCUCUAGUCGUCUGGCCUCACCCCAGUUCCACCCUCUCCUAGAGGGAACAUUGGCUUCUCGUUCCCUGGAGGUCACCAUCCCUGGCUUAAAAGAGUUUCUUUUGAAUGUCCGACCCUCUCCCAAACCAGGGAUGGAAUUUAUCAAUAUGUUCUGGGAAGAUCAUUUUGGUUGCAAACUUGAGUUUGAAAGCGACAGAGCCAAAGAAUAUCAAGCAAACACCGUGGAUAAGUUUAAUGUUAUUGAUAGUUUUAGUUACAAUACAGGUUCUCAAAGCAAUUCUGGCCAUAUGGUCGGACUCACUGUAGGAAAAAAAAGUGUAUUUAAUGUGUCAGCUCAUAGAAAUGGUGAAUAUGCUGUGGGAAAGCCUGUAUGCACAGGUUCAGAAGAUAUGAGAUACACUGAGAGCAGUUAUAGUGAUGUAUCUCGGGUCACAAUUGCUUAUAAUGUGUAUAAAGCUGUGUACGCCAUUGCCCACGCUCUGCACACUUUUUUGAACUGUGACUCCGCAGGACCUAACAAGGGAUUGUGUGAGAAACACAACUCAUUUGCGAAUGGUCAGUUUCUUCAUCAUCUGAAGAUGGUGAAUUUCACCAACCAGUUUGAUGAAAGAGUAUAUUUUGACUCCAGCGGAGAGCCAGUCCCUCUGUAUGACAUCAUUAACUGGCAGAAGGACAGCAAGGAUGAAAUGAGAUUUAUCAAAGUGGGAAGCUAUGAUGGUUCAGCUCCACAUGGGCAACAAUUGCAGAUAAUAAAGAACACUAUUGUGUGGACAAAAGGAGAGUCGCAAGUUCCUAUAUCUCAGUGUAGUGCUCCAUGUCCACCUGGCAGCAGGCAGGCCACACGCCGAGGAGAGCCCAAAUGCUGCUUUGACUGUUUGCCCUGUGCAGAUGGAGAGAUCAGCAAUCAGACUGGUUCGACCGAGUGCACAAAAUGUCCUGAGUACUACUGGUCAGACAAAGAAAAAGUGAAAUGUAUUGCAGGAUCGGAAGAAUUCCUCUCUUUCUAUGACACCAUGGGUAUCAUCCUGGUUGUACUCACACUGCUGGGUUUCAUCCUGACAACCAUCAUCACCAUCGUCUUUCACAGUUUCCGCUAUACACCCAUCGUGAAGGCCAACAACUCCGAAAUCAGUUUCUUGCUUCUCCUGUCACUCAAGCUCUGUUUCCUGUGUUCUCUGGUGUUCAUUGGUCAGCCAUCUUGGUGGACAUGUAGGCUCCGCCAGGCAGCAUUUGGGAUCAGCUUUGUCUUGUGUCUGUCCUGCCUACUUGUUAAGACCAUUGUGGUCCUCCUGGCCUUCCGGACAAACGUACCUGGUUCCAGGGGUCUGAAGCUGUUUGGUACAUCUCAGCAGAGGAUUUUGAUCAUCUGUACUACAGCUCCUCAGAUUUUUCUCUGUACUGGCUGUGUGUUGGGAGCACCUCCCUUUCCAUUCAGGAACCCAAAUUACCAAGCUUCAACUGGAAAAAUUGUUGUGGAGUGUAAAGAGCCAUGGCCUCCUGGAUUUUACCUGCUCCUUGGUUACAUUGGCCUGCUGGCCUUUGUCUGCCUCCUCCUGGCAUUCCUUGGACGAAAGCUACCGGAUACAUUCAACGAAGCGAAGUUCAUCACCUUCAGCAUGCUCAUUUUCUGGGCUGUGUGGAUUUCUUUCAUCCCAGCUUAUGUCAGCUCUCCUGGGAAAUUCUCUGUGGCAGUGGAAAUAUUUGCUAUUUUAGCCUCAAGUUUUGGAUUGUUACUGUGUAUUUUUGUGCCCAAAUGUUACAUCAUUUUACUGCACCCUGAGAGGAACAUUAAGAAGGGCAUGACUGGAAAAUAUCCAAGAUGA